UUGUGGCCUCUCCCGUUGCGGAGCACAGGCUCCAGACGUGCAGGCUCAGCGGCCGUGGCUCACAGGUCCAGCUGCUCCGCGGCAUGUGGGAUCUUCUUGGACCGGGGCACGAACGCGUGUCCCCUGCAUCGGCAGGCGGACUCUCAACCACUGCGCCACCAGGGAAGCCCAAGUUAGCAUUUUUUGAGUACCUACAAUGGACUAGAAGCUAAUCUGGACUCUACUUGUUUGAACUCAUUUUAUCUUCACAAUAAUCCUAGAAGUGGACUGAAAGCUCCUUGGGGGCAGGGUCCCUAUUAGGUGUUCUCUGCCCCGUCCUCCUCCUGCAUCUGAACUUGGGCUGAUGUCCACCUCACAAGGCAGAACGCUACACCUUGUCCAAGGCCUGACUCUGAUGCCACCCGCCAGCUGCAGUCCCCCUGCAGCAUAUUUGCCACCAGAUCACAACUGCAUCCAGGACCUCGCUCAAUGUUUGCUGUCGGCACGGCCUGUUGGCUCCUGGUUUGUGCCUGUUACAGGGAGCCCCACCCUGUAAGCGUCAGAGAGAGCCUAGCAGGUCCUCCUCCUUAUCCAUCCCAGCCUCCUGGAGGACAGAGACCACCCUGUUCACCCUACUCACCGCUCUGGGUUUGCAAAGUGCACAGUGGGCCUCAGGAAAGAGGGUGGGUCACACCUGACCACUUCUCAGGCAUGAUUAGAUGAAUAGGCCACAUCUUUGAAAGUGAGAUGUUCUUGGUAUAGAGAUGCUCAUUGCAUGACUCAUGAACAUUAAGGAAAUCUUGUUUUUUUCAUCAGAAAACAAUUAGUCACCACCUCGAGCUAAUGGCCGGAUACAGUUCAGCAGUCAGCAGAUGCAAGCUGAAAUAAUGAGGAGAUGUACAACCCCCCAGACCUGCCUGGAGACUUACCAGCUCACAGAGCCCAUUCACAUCCAUAUCCUUGCUAAUCCCCAGCAAAGCCCCUGAAAGCAGGCCAGGCAGGUGCUCUCACCUGUGUUGUGGAUGAAGAAGCAGGCCCGGAGCUUCAGCUACCGCCCAAGUUCACGCAGCUGGCGUCUGACACAGCUGGGCCUCUUCACUCCUGCUUCCAUUCUCUGCCUGCACCCCGCCAACCACUUCUCACUCUGUUCUGGUCCCUCUCUCUGGGUCCCAGCUCUGCAGAGCAGGGCUCAGCCAUGGGGUGCCGAGUGGAUGCCUCCCCAGCUCAGAUGGCCAGCUCAUCUGCUUCUGCAGCACACAGACCCCUCUCCCAGAGCCCUCCCCUCCACGGGAGCUGACUCAUGCCGCCUCUCGGGCCACAGAGGAUCUGGCAGGAUGAAGAAAUGGGGGAGCUCAGACUUACGGGAAUCUCAGGACCUGCGUCAAGAGGACUCCUGCCCAGAACCCCUAGAUGGAGACCCUAACUCCAGGCCAGCUCCAGCCAAGCCCCACAGCUUCCCUGUGGCCAAGAGCCGCAGCCGGCUCUUUGGAAAGGGUGAUUCGGAGGACACAUCCCUCAUGGACUGCUCUUAUGAGGAAGGUCAGCUGGCAUCCUGCCCGGCCAUCACAGUCAGCCCUGUUGUCACCGUCCAGAGGCCUGGGGAUGGUCCCACCUGUGCCAGGCAGCCAUCCCAGGACUCUGCUGCCGAGAACCUCAAGCUCUAUGAUCGCAGGAAGAUCUUCGAAGCAGUGGCUCAGAAUAACUGUGAAGAGCUGGAGAGCCUGCUGCUCUUUCUGAAGAAUAGCAAGAAACAUCUCACGGACAGCGAAUUCAAAGACCCGGACACAGGGAAGACCUGCCUGCUGAAAGCCAUGCUCAACCUGCACGACGGGCAGAACGACACCAUCCCCCUUCUCCUGGAGAUCGCCCGGCAGACGGACAGCCUGAAGGAGCUGGUCAACGCCAGCUACACGGACGGCUACUACAAGGGCCAGACGGCACUGCACAUUGCCAUCGAGAGACGGAACAUGGCACUGGUGACCCUCCUGGUGGAGAACGGGGCCGACGUCCAGGCCGCGGCCAAUGGGGACUUCUUUAAGAAAACCAAAGGGCGGCCUGGCUUCUAUUUUGGUGAGCUGCCCCUCUCCCUGGCUGCGUGCACCAACCAGCUGGGCACCGUGAAGUUCCUGCUGCAGAACUCCUGGCAGUCGGCCGACAUCAGCGCCAGGGACUCGGUGGGCAACACUGUGCUGCACGCGCUGGUGGAGGUGGCUGACAACACGGCCGACAACACCAAGUUUGUGACGAGCAUGUACAAUGAGAUUCUGAUCCUGGGGGCCAGACUGCACCCUGCGCUGAAGCUGGAGGAGCUCACCAACAAGAAGGGGCUGACGCCGUUGGCUCUGGCCGCCAGCAGUGGGAAGAUCGGGGUCCUGGCCUAUAUUCUCCAGAGGGAGAUCCAGGAGCCCGAGUGCAGGCACCUGUCCAGGAAGUUCACCGAGUGGGCCUACGGGCCCGUGCACUCCUCACUGUACGACCUGUCCUGCAUCGACACCUGUGAGAAGAACUCAGUGCUGGAGGUGAUUGCCUACAGCAGCAGUGAGACACCUAAUCGCCAUGACAUGCUCUUAGUGGAGCCGCUCAACCGCCUUCUGCAGGACAAGUGGGACAGAUUCGUCAAGCGCAUCUUCUACUUCAACUUCUUCAUCUACUGUCUGUAUAUGAUCAUCUUCACCACGGCCGCCUACUACAGGCCUGUGGAAGGCCGGCCUCCCUUUAAGCUGAAACACACCGUUGGGGGCUAUUUCCGAGUCACUGGAGAGAUUCUUUCUGUAGCAGGGGGAGUCUACUUUUUUUUCCGAGGGAUUCAAUAUUUCCUGCAGAGACGGCCAUCACUGAAGACCUUAUUUGUGGACAGCUACAGUGAGAUGCUUUUCUUCGUGCAGUCGCUGUUCAUGCUGGGGACCGUCGUGCUAUACUUCUGCCACUGCAAGGAGUACGUGGCCUCCAUGGUUUUCUCCCUGGCCAUGGGCUGGACCAACAUGCUCUACUACACCCGCGGCUUCCAGCAGAUGGGCAUCUAUGCUGUCAUGAUUGAGAAGAUGAUCCUGAGAGACCUGUGUCGCUUCAUGUUUGUUUAUCUCGUUUUCUUAUUUGGGUUUUCCACAGCGGUGGUGACACUGAUUGAGGAUGGGAAGAAUGGCUCCGUGUCGGCUGAGUUGACGUCGCACAGGUGGCGAGGUCCUGGCUGCCGGCCGUCCGACAGCUCCUACAACAGCCUGUACUCCACGUGUCUGGAGCUGUUCAAGUUCACCAUUGGCAUGGGUGACCUGGAGUUCACGGAGAACUAUGACUUCAAGGCUGUCUUUGUCAUCCUGUUACUGGCCUAUGUGAUUCUCACGUACAUCCUCCUGCUCAACAUGCUCAUUGCCCUCAUGGGCGAGACGGUCAACAAGAUCGCACAGGAGAGCAAGAACAUCUGGAAGCUGCAGAGAGCCAUCACCAUCCUGGACACGGAGAAGAGCUUCCUUAAGUGUAUGAGGAAGGCCUUUCGCUCAGGCAAGCUGCUGCAGGUGGGGUACACAGCUGACGGCAAGGAUGACUACAGGUGGUGUUUCAGGGUGGACGAGGUGAACUGGACCACCUGGAACACCAACGUGGGCAUCAUCAAUGAAGACCCGGGCAACUGUGAGGGCAUCAAACGCACACUGAGCUUCUCCCUGCGGUCGGGCCGAGCUGCAGGGAGGAACUGGAAGAACUUUGCCCUGGUUCCCCUCUUAAGAGAUGCAAGUACUCGAGAAAGACACCCUGCCCAGCCUGAGGAAGUUCAUCUGAAGCACUUUGCAGGGUCCCUCAAGCCAGAAGAUGCCGAUAUCAUCAAGGAUUCUGCUGCUUUAGGGGAGAAGUGAGGGACCACACAGGGUGCUCUCAACCCUGUGGGCCUUAGGAAAGCCCACUGUCUCCGGUAAGAGGGUGUGUAGGGGCCACCAGUGAUGCCUCAGCAGCCUGGCCCUACCGGCACCCUCCUCGCAGGCCCUUUCCUAGACCGCACGGAACAAGCUGCAGGAGGCAUUGCUGGACGCACGGGUAGAGCUAGUCACGCCACCCUCACUGUCCCCAGCUGACUCUCCUAACACCAAAGGAUAUUGCUUUCCUGUUUUUACUGACUUUAUCAAACAUGGCGAAUGAGAAAUCGCCACGUGCAUGUACGCGAUGCCCCAGUUUCCUUUGAUUUUACAUUCCUGGGAGUGAAAGGCAGCGAUGCCCAGGGAAACACCUUUUAGAACAAAACACUUCUUUGAGAUAAAAUGCCUAAGCCCUUGUCUAUUUUGUCCUUAAUAUCUCCCCUGUCCAGAGUGGUCUGGGGGUGACGAUGUUUGCUCCUCCGAGAAGGUGGGGGAACCUGGCCCCAUUCCCAGCUCUGCCAGGAUCAGGUGUUUCCGGAGUGACUCCCUCCUUCUGUGUGAUCCAUCGCAGUUCCAAAAAUAUUAGCUCUAUCGCUGUUCAAAUAAAAGUACAGAACCAUGUUCCAGAGCCACGUGGCAAGAAUUUUUUUAAUGAUCUUCCCUCUGUAGUGGCCAUAAUCCUGCUCGCCUACGGUGAUACCUACUUCCACCUCUACCCAUCCUGCCAUCCAUCAGAUAAGUACAGAAAUA